AUGGCAGACCGGGCAACGCAGCAGAGUCUCAACAGCCUGCUGUCCAAGCUCAGCGACCCGGAUCCAGACAUUCGGUAUAUGUCACUGAAUGAUCUUCUGGCGAUUUUGAACAGUCCGAGCUCGGCAUAUCUAUCGCACGACAAGGUCUCGUCUGGCCGUCUGGUGGACGGGUUGUUGAAGACGCUCGAUGACCAGCAUGGGGAUGUGCAGAACCAAGCGUUGAAAUGUCUCGGACCGCUUGUUGUUCGAUUGCCCUUUGAAAGUCUCACCCCGCUGCUGGAGAAGCUUGCCAACUUGACGGCUUCGCAGUCUGUCGAUACCUCCGUCCCCAAUACAGCCCUGAGAGUGAUCGUCACUGCUCUCCCCCGUCCAGAGCCCGGCCAGCCUACAAGCCAGGAGGCGCAUAUGGCGUACUCGGCCGUGUCCAGGGUGCUCAUCCCGCGACUGACGGGGCCGACCCAAUCCCAAUCGAGCAGACGGGGUUCAGUUACUCGCGGAAUGUUGGAGAAAGAUCCCUCCAAGGGGUUCAGUAGUGAUGCGAUUGACGUUCUAAUUGGUGUGGUCAACUGUUUUGGUCCGCUCCUCACCGAGGAGGAGCGGAUGGCGCUUCAGAAGUCGGUCAUGAGCAUUAUUGACAAUGAUACGGCGGGCACCGUCGUCACCAAACGGGCACUGGCGGCCAUCUCGGCGCUCGUUCUACAUUUCUCAGACGCCCAGCUCAGUGCCUACGUGUCAGAGCUCAUCGAGAGCUUCCGGUCUGCGCAUCUCACCACCAUCCACCGGCGUCAUUUGAUUGCUGCGAUUGGGAGCUUGGCGAGAUCCGCCCCCGCCAAAUUUGGUGCCUACCUCAAAUCGCUGGCUCCAUUUGUUCUUUCGGCACUCAGUGAACAGGAGCUGCAGGAGCUGGAUGACGCCCAGUCAGAGAUAGACGAACAUGACCCUCAGGCGGACGAGCUUCGGGAGACCGCGCUGGUGACUCUGGAGGCGUUGAUUGGCUCGUGCAGCCAGCAGAUGCAGCCGUACCUGUCGGAUUCCAUUACCUCGGUCUUGAAACAUAUCAAGUACGACCCGAACGUGGCCGAUGUGGAGGAUGACGAGGAAAUGGGCGGCACGCAGGACGAAGGCAGCGAAGAUGACUUGACGGAGGAGCCAGACGAGGACGACGACGAAUUCGACGACUUUGAAGAGGAAGGUGGCUACAGCGAUAUCGACGACUUGAGCUGGAAGGUCCGCCGCUGUGCCGCCAAGGUGCUAUACACCAUCAUCUCUACUUAUGGCCGUGGGCACGCGCUCGACGAUGCGGUGCUCUACCAGCAGAUCGCCCCGGCCCUGAUCGGUCGAUUCCGAACGGAACGAGAGGAGAGCGUCAAGCUCGAGGUCAUCUCGACAGUGACCGCUUUGGUUCGGAAGACCAGCGAGGGCGCGCUGGUGAUCACCUCUGGCGGCUUUUUGGAAUCCGUCGGGGGCUCCAAAAACUCCCGCAAGAGGAGACGGCAAGACAGCGAUGCUAGCAUGAUCGACUUUGAGCCCAGCAUCGGGACCUCCUCCGCAAUCAACUCCCCCGUUGUCGCCCCUUCAUCGCCCAAAUCCGGCCCCCAGGCCGACCUGGCUCGCUGCGUCCCGACGAUCGUGCAGAGCCUGGUGAAGAUGUGGAAACAGGCUUCCAUUCCCCUGCGCCAGGCAGCGAUCGUUCUACUCAAGAGCUUGGCUCUCGUUCGCUACGGUGGCUUGGCCGACUUUUUGCAGCAGAUCGAAGACCCGAUCGCCGAUGCUCUGAAAACCUCCUCUCUCUCCGCCACCUCAUCCGCCUCCGCUGGUGCCGCAGCCAGUGCAGGCACUCUGCAGAUCGAAACGUUAAGCCUCAUCGCUGCGAUCGCCGAAACCCAUACUUCAGAUGCCCUCUUGCCCUUCUUGAUUGCCCUGAUCCCCGGUGUGGUCGGGGCCGUAAAUGAUCGCAACUACAAGGUCAGCAGUGAGGCUCUGGGAGCCAUCGAGCAGAUUGUCAAGGCCCUCACGCCGCCUCGGGUCACGGCCAACCCACAGGAUCUAACCAUGCAGCUAGAGAAGCUGUAUGAGGUGGUCCGCACCCGCAUUUCAGACACGAGUGCCGACUUGGAGGUCCGUCAGCGGGCUAUUCACGUCUUCGGCGUUCUUUUGGCCAGAACCUGUGGAGAUCGUGGCAUCGAGUUCCUCCCCCGAGAUUUCCGGACCAAGGGUCUGGUAAUCCUUUUGGAUCGUCUGAAGAACGAGACCACGCGUCUGUCUGCUGUGCGGGCCAUCGACGAUAUCGCGGUUCUUGCCAGCAGCGAAAACGAUGUCUCCACUGCUUGGGUUGGGGAGGUCACUGCCGAACUGGGUUCGCAGCUACGAAAAUCUGAUCGCACCCUGCGAAGCGCCUGCUUGGAAGCUCUGCGCAGCCUAGCCAUGAACUCCGUCACUCGCUCGCACUAUGACCAGACGACCAUUGGGGAACUGGAAGGCAACCUCUUGCCAUUGAUCGGGGCGGAGGAUUUCCACCUCUUGGCUCCGGCCCUCAUCAUCCUCGCCAAGCUGAUCCCUGGAAACGCAGAGCUCAUUGUCAACGAGGCCCUGAUUUCGGCAUUAUGUUCGAUCGUGAUGACGUCCUUAGUAGGCACUGUGCUUAAGUCGCUACUCCUACUCGUCAAGGUGAUCGGAGAGCAGGGCGCGGGCGCCGAGCUGAUGAAGCGGCUCCUACGCGACGUGGGCAUCAACGGCGACUCUUCGGUCGUCGGGCGAGCGAUCGGUACGCUGCUGGUGCAUGGCGGGUCCAACCUCGGGGUCAAGAUGGAAGAUUUUCUCACCGAGCUCCAGACGGCGCAAGACACGCAGCGCAAAUGUUUGGCCCUGGCGAUUCUCGGCGAGAUCGGACUGCGGAUGGGGGCAAAGUGCUCGCUGACGCCGGAGCUGUUCAUCUCCCACUUUGAGUCCAAAUCAGACAAGGUCCGCCUGGCGGCCGCGACGGCGCUGGGUAAUGCCGCCGCAGGCGACGUCAAGACGUACCUGCCCAUUCUUCUGAACGGGCUGGACGCUUCCAGCUCGCAGAGCUAUCUGAUCCUGUCCUCCGUCAAGGAGCUGCUCCAGCAUCCAGAAGUAGUGCGACCGGAUGUCGCGCCGUACGCCAUCAAACUGCUGCAGGCCCUGCUCCUGGCAUCAGAAGACGAGGAGAACCGAGCCGUGGGGGCAGAAUGUAUCGGCCGGCUGGCGUUGAUUGAUCCUGUGGCCUAUAUCCCUCAAUUCCAGGACUACCUGAGCAACAGCAACCCCAACAUCCGCGGGACCGUCAUCUCCGCGUUCCGGUUCACGCUGACGGACACAAGCCCAGCGUACCACGAUGUGCUGCGUCCGUUGAUCGUGCCCAUCCUCGUGACGAUGCUGAGCGACCGCGACCUAGGCAACCACCGGCUGGCGCUGACGACGCUCAACUCGGCCAUCCACAACAAGAUGGCGAUCCUGCUCCCCCACCUGGGCGAGCUGCUCCCCGCCGUGCUGGGCGACACGCAGAUCAAGCCCGAGCUGAUCCGCGAGGUGCAGAUGGGCCCGUUCAAACACAAGGUCGACGACGGGCUGGAGCUACGCAAAUCAGCGUACGAAACCCUCUACGCCUCGCUGGACACUCCCUUUUCCCGCAUCCACAUGGCAGACUUUUACGCCCGCAUCCUCGCCGGCCUCGACGACGAACAGGACAUCCGUACCAUCUCCAACCUCAUGACCGGCCGCCUGAUCACCUUGGCCCCAGAAGAUACCCUGCGCCAUCUCGACGGCCUGUCGGAACGCUACACUGCCGUCCUCUCUUUCAAGCCCAAGGAAAAUGCAGUCAAACAGGAGCUCGAAAAGGCCUCCGAGGCUUCCCUCGGUGUCCUCAAGGUGUCGCGCGAUCUCGCCCGUGCCUUUCCCACCGCUGAACUCGACGGCCAUCAUCUCAAGUGGAAGGCGUACAUGGAGUGGGUGCGCAAGACCUUUGCACCGCAGCUGAAGAAUCUCGAGGCAGAGUCUUGA